AGUAUCCUGUUUGCACUAACGGGCUGCACAUAUGGGACUAUGAGCGAGGUCCCCCAUGAGCUGCAAGUCUUUGUCUUUAGGAGGAGGAGGGGGAGAAGGAGGAGGAGGUCGUGCCCCAGGCUGGAGGAUUUGUUCUGCAUGCUCCGAGAACUCGGCCCUUUGGGUGGGCUUCUGAAGAAUGCUUGCCUGCUUGGCGCGCGGAAAUUUAUUGGAUAUCCUGCACGAGGGCUUCACGGAGCAACAGCUGCAAGCAUAUGUGGCAUGGGUGAAUUCACAGCUAAAGAAGAAGCCUGCAGUUAAGCCAGUGCAGGACCUGAGGCAUGAUCUCCGAGAUGGCGUUGUCCUGGCUUCUCUCAUUGAGAUCGUAGCUGGAGAGAAACUGAAUGGAGUGCAGGUCAACCCUGCUAGCCCUCAAGAAAUGAGGGAGAAUGUGGAGAAAGUCUUGCAAUUCGUGGCAUCCAAAAAGAUUCGUAUGCACCAGACAUCAGCUAAAGACAUUGUUGAUGGGAACCUGAAAUGCAUCAUGAGGUUAAUCCUUGCCUUAGCUGCUCAUUUUAAACCUGGCUCAAGUAAAGCUGCCAAUCAGGCCCCAUCGAGCAUGGUGGGAAAGAACUCAGCAGGAACAGGACUGUCAUCAGCCAAUCGCAGGCCUCAAUCAGCUGCUGCUGUUGCCCAGGGUGCAGUGGCUGCCCUGGCAGAUGUUCGCCAAGAUGUUUUGCGCUUGGGGCGUGAUGUUCUCCGGCACAGACAAAGAGACAGCAGCCUGGAUGAAGAGAUUGAGCAUCCGUACUGGAGUGUCCGAGCACUGGUGCAGCAAUACGAGGGGCAGCAAAGUGUGCCUUCAGAGUCCCACUCCUCCAGCCUCGCAUCGCCCAGCCCUGUGAACAGCGCAAGGAGCGAGUCCAGUGUCACACACUCAGAAGAGAAGGCUGGAUUUGACAUUGUUCGUGAAGAGGAAGCAGAUACCAGAACAGAAGAGACGUGCUCUCCCUUUCCUGUAGAGUUGCAGCAGGCCAGGUGUCCUGCGACAGGCUUGGAGACUGCAUGGGAGGAACAGCUCCUGGAGCAGCAAGGUCACUUGGAAAAGGAGAUGGAAGAAGCAAAGCAGAUGAUUUCAGGACUGCAGGCAUUGCUGCUCAAUGGGUCGUUACCUGAGGAUGAGCAAGAAAGAUUGUUUGUCCUUUGCGAACAAGAUGCCUGCCCUGAAGAGCAGCUGGUCAUAGUCCGAAGCCGUCUGGAUCAGAGCAUGGAGGAGAAUCAAGAGCUGAAGAAAGAGUUGCAGAGGCACAAGCAAGAAGCUCGAAGCCUGCAAGGAGUAAAGGAUGCCUUGCAGCAGCGGUUGGCCCAACAGGAUGCUCUGAUUCUUCAGAUAAAGCAAGAGCUACUUAGAGCAAACAUGGACAAGGAGGAACUGCAUAGCCAAAAUGCUGAUCUACAGAGGAAAGUGGAAGAGCGGAAUCGACUUCUGGCUGAACACAAAAAGGAGCUGAGCCAGAAGGAUCGGCACUUGCACCAGCACCAAGCCAAGAUGGAGGAGAUGCUGCGGCAGCUCUCCGAGGCCAGCUAUCACCAGGCGGAGCUGGAGCGAGAGCUGGAGCACAAAGAAGCCCUGUUGGCUCAGUGUAUAAAGAAGGAUGCAGAAGAGGUGAUAGUCUACAGCAAUCAUGGCUCUCAGAGCAACGGAUUCCUGCAGACGUCAGGAAAAGGAGCUGCUUCCACAGCACACAGAGGCACCAACGACCUGCAGCUGGUGCGCGAGGCCCUGCGCAGCUUGCGGAACAGCUUCAGCGGCCACGACCCCCAGCACCAUACCAUCGACAGCCUGGAGCAGGGCAUUUCCAGCCUGAUGGAGAGGCUGCACCGCAUGGAGAUGCAGAAGAGGCAAGAGAGGAGGAUCCAAGGAAAAUCACCUGUCGGCCACACCACGAAAGAGUACCGAGAGUCCUGGCCCUCCAACUCCAAACUGCCUCAUUCUCACAGCACCCCCGCAAUGAGCAGCAGUGCCUGCACCAAAGUGCUCUACUUCACGGAUCGCUCCCUCACACCUUUCAUGGUGAACAUACCAAAGAGGUUAGGUGAGGUGACCCUAAGGGACUUCAAAGCAGCUAUUGAUCGGGAAGGAACACAUCGCUACCACUUCAAAGCCCUCGAUCCAGAAUUUGGCACAGUAAAAGAGGAGGUUUUCCAUGACGACGACAUCAUCCCUGGGUGGGAGGGAAAGAUUGUGGCAUGGGUGGAAGAGGAUCAUGGGGAGAACUAAUGAGAGACAUCUGAACUCUCUUUCCCUGGCGACGCACCACUGGUAUACUGCACUUCCCAGAUACUGACCAAAAAGUGUGUGAACUGAGAUGCAUCUGUCUCAAAACUGCCAAAAGAAAGGAACAGACUUCUCUGCAAAAUGACGGGUAUAACGUUUUGCCACAAGCGAGGAGGAUGUAUGGCACUUGAGUUCCAUGGCCAAAUGUUGCAUUGUUUGAAAGUCCCAUGGUGUGGGGAGUGGGCCGCCUCUCUUUUUCAGUCAUUGUCAGCCUUAAUGGUGUGUUUGUCUCUGCUUCUCCUUCCAAUUGCUGUCAGAGAAUCCAGAGCAUUUUCAUUGGGAGACGUACAGUAUUACAAGGAACCUUGCACUUAAUGGCGGAAACUUAGAACCUGUCCUCUGGAGGCAGGCAGUGCUGUUGCAGCUACAUUCUCCAUAUUGAAAGCCCUCGCCAGCCAAUCAUUCCAAAUGACUGUGCCAGACAGACAGCAUCGGGAGCCAACAAGACUUUCUUGAGAGAAAGAAGUGGGUUGGAUUGUGGUCCAGAUCAUGAGUUGGCAGCAUCAGAGUGGGGUUGGGGUGUCUGCUUCUGCUUUUCUUGUUUUGCUCUCCUAUCCUGGAACUCUUGAUGGACAUGAAAUGAUAGUUGGAUUGCUUUGGGGGGUAUGGGUGAGGAGGGUACUUUGCCCUUUCCUUCAACUGCCUUGUCACCCUCUUGCUUUCGUUUUGGUAGAGGAGGCCACAGAAAGGUCCACGUCUUUGUUUCUCCAGGGAUCAAGUGGCAGAAGAGAGUCCGGUCCAUGCAUUUGUUCUCUUAAACUCCAGUCCAAACAGUAGGAGAAUGUAAUGUGGGUCCCUCGGAAAGGGGGCUUCUCGUGUCUUCUUCCACAACUCAAGAAUUCAUGACUCUGCUUUUCUCCCAUCACCAUCUGAGUUCUUUUCCAAUCAGCCUGUGCUGAGACUCAGGUGGAACUGGGAUCCCACUUUGCUAUUUGAAUGCUAUUUAUUUUUAAGUGGUUGGACAGUGGGAAUUCACAUCGAACUGUUUCAUGUGGGUCUCACUGCAAGUUUUCUAGUGAGAGUGUGUGACUGUGUGAAACCACCUUCAGGAAAGCCGAAAGGGAGCAAGGCACCAGGCACAUAACCUCUCUGGUCCCCUGGUUUAAAACUGUUGCAUACAAUCGUGCCCCCGCCCCCCUUGUGGUGGCUGUCUUUUUCCUCUACUGCCAUGGUGGUUCCUUUCCCUUUGAUUAAGGGGGGUCGACUGGCUUGUUCGCCUCAAGCAGAAUCUGCAGUUUUGCCCAGCUCCGCUCAGACCACUCUUCAAGUGUGGCGUGCAAAAUGGGUGGUAUGUGCUUGCGGAGAACGAGUUAAACAGUUCUCUGAGCCACAGCAGGCACCAUGAGCAGGGGAGCUGCAUGAACUGGCUCUCAAGCAUAACACACACACUUUUCAUAGCAUAAUAAAGCUUGGACAGAAAUUGUAGCCGUUAAGGUCAGUGGAGUUUAAAUAAGUAGGUUUAAGUAAGAGUCUUUGGGGCACACCUACACAUCAUUUUGGGAUGCAUCCACUUGCUGCUUACAUCUGUUCUCCACAUGCCAAAUUUGGUCUCCUGGUAGUCCAGCCGGCAAUCAGUACUGCUUCAUGUAACAUUAUACUUUUUAGCUUUUCUUGAAUAUGGACUUUCUAUGUUUCCAGCAAUGCUCUAAAAUGCAGAACUGGGUAGUGCAGGGGGUGCCUCUUGGUAAGUGCACCCAGGGCAUCACUGAACUGAAAAGCAGAUGGUGAGUGGCAAAAUCAGGAAUAUCACUCCAGCUACCAGAGAUUGCUGCCUCCACCAGCCCAGCUCCAUGUAUCUGCAUCUCGUCUUCCAUCCAGCACAGUCCUGUGCGUUGAAGGUGGUUGCAGGCCUGCAUGUCUCUGGUGCAUGCACCAGCACUCUGAAUGAACGUUUCUGUAUGUCAGCCUGUUUUGUGUCCUUUUUCAUGUGAGGCUGGACAUUUGAAGGAAAACUUGGCUUUUAUCAUUUUAUAGAUUUUAAACAUGUCCUUUUUGUAAACUUGUUCCUGUUUUUUUGGAAUUAUUUUGUAUCCAUUUGCAUUGCUGUUGUUCAAGGAUGGUGUAUAUUUUUAUACCGGUGCAAGUAUUAUUCCCCUCUGUAUAUUUCUGCACACAUGCUGAGCUGUAUUUUACCUAUUUUUCUAGAGGACACUAGCAGGUUUUGUACAGCAUCCUGUUAAUGCCACCCCCCCAAGUGGCUCCCAUUACUAGGUUUACUUUACUAUGAAGGUAUUACAGAUUCCUAAUGGUUUUAUAUUUUGCCAGCUGUUUUCUUGUACUGAUUGUGUUUUCUGUGUUGUUGGUCUUCCCAAUGCCCUCAGUGUACAGAAAGUGCAGUAGUGCCUUUCUAAACCCUGCCCUCAUUAGAAUCCGUGUCUGCUGUUAGCAAUUCAGAGUGCAAUCCUUGUUGUCCUUCAGAACAGCAACUACCAAGCUGGCUUUUGGAGGUGAGAGCUUAUUACUAAAUGGGAAGAAACAGGGUUCCUCACCCCUGAUAAAGAAAAACUUACUUCUCCUCA